AUGGCUGAAACAGCAGAGGACUUGGCUGAAAAGAAGAAGAAAAGAACUUUCCGUAAGUUCACGUACAGAGGUGUUGACUUGGACCAGCUGUUGGAUAUGUCCAUGGAUCAGCUCGCAGAUCUGUUUAAUGCACGUCAGCGUCGGCGAUUGAACCGAGGUUUGAAACGGAGACCUCUGGCACUUAUGAAAAGGCUGAGGAAGGCUAAGAAGAAUGCUGGACCUUUAGAGAAACCAGAGGUGGUAAAGACACAUCUCCGAGACAUGAUAAUUGUUCCAGAAAUGAUUGGAUCUAUUGUUGGUGUAUACAAUGGCAAAACAUUUAAUCAAGUUGAAAUCAAGCCUGAGAUGGUUGGCCACUAUUUGGGUGAAUUUUCCAUCACCUACAAGCCUGUUAAACACGGCAGACCUGGUAUUGGUGCUACCCAUUCCUCCAGGUUUAUUCCACUCAAGUAG